GGACAAAAUUAUUUGACAAGUUGUCAAAAGUUUCAAAAUGUAGAUGAAAGUUUUACGUUCUUUCUUAACUUUGCAAUUAAGUUUGAGUGUCAAUGCUGACGAAUUAUUACUUUUUUUUGUUGAAAGUGGAUCCUUAGCUCUAUGGGUAACUCCGACACCAAACUGAACUUCCGGAAAGCUGUCAUUCAGCUGACUUCCAAAACUCAGCCUAUAGAUGCAGCAGACAACAAUUUCUGGGACCAAUUUUGGUCAGAAAAUGUGACAAAUAUCCAAGAUGUUUUCACGCUAGUACCAGCGGGUGAAAUCAGAGCACUGCGCGAAGAGGCGCCUUCAAAUCUAGCAACUUUGUGUUACAAAGCUGUUGAAAAACUUGUCAAAGCAGUGGAUAAUAGUUGCCGCACCCAGCAUGAACAGCAGACAGUUCUCAACUGUGCACGACUACUCACCAGAGUUUUGCCAUACAUCUUUGAAGACCCGGACUGGAAAGGAUUUUUCUGGUCCAGUUUACCGGGCAAGGGAGAAAGUGGCGAAGAACAGUCGAUGCCCCUAGCUCAGUCAUUGCUGAAUGCUGUCUGUGACCUCUUAUUUUGCCCAGAUUUUACUGUUGCGGCCAACAAAAAAUCCGGCCCGGAUCGGGCAGAGGAUCUCCAAGCUAUUGACAGUUGUGAAUACAUCUGGGAAAAAGGCGUUGGCUUUGCACAGAGCCCCCCACGAACGCCUUCCUUUGAAACUGCGAGGACGGAAUUGCUGAAGCUUGUCUUAACCUGCUUUAGCGAAACCAUGUAUCAUCCUCCUGCAGAUAUUAGCACAGCACCGAAUAAAUGGGUACGAUAUCUGACUUCUCCAGAUAACCGCCAUGCACUUCCACUAUUCACUUCUUUAUUGAACGUUGUAUGUGGUUAUAACCCUGUUGGCCUAGGGUUACCAUACAAUCACUUACUCUUUUCCGACACAACUGAGCCCAUGGUCGAUACUGCGCUUCAGAUUCUGAUAGUUGCAUUGGAUCAUGACACCGUCCAAAAUGAUGAAAAUGCAACUCAGGAUAAUCUUUUCAUAAACUACUUAUCUAGGAUACAUAGAGAUGAAGAUUUUAGUUUCAUUCUGAAAGGACUAACAAGGCUGCUAAACAAUCCUUUAGUCCAGACAUACCUUCCAAAUUCUACCAAAAAAGUGCAAUUUCAUCAGGAGCUCUUAGUUUUCUUCUGGAAACUUUGUGAUUAUAAUAAGAAAUUUUUAUACUUUGUUCUCAAGAGCAGUGAUAUGUUAGAUGUUUUAGUACCAAUUUUAUUUCAUUUGAACGAUUCUCGAGCUGAUCAGUCACGAGUGGGUCUGAUGCACAUAGGUGUUUUCAUUCUUCUUCUUCUGAGUGGUGAAAGGAAUUUUGGUGUCCGACUCAACAAACCGUACACUGCAACCAUUCCAAUGGACAUUCCUGUUUUUACUGGUACGCAUGCUGACCUUCUUAUCACAGUGUUUCACAAAAUUAUUACCACUGGUCAUCAAAGACUUCAACCCUUAUUUGAUUGUCUUCUAACCAUUUUAGUCAAUGUUUCUCCUUAUCUGAAAACGCUGUCUAUGGUAGCCAGUACAAAACUGCUGCACCUCCUUGAAGCCUUCAGCACUCCAUGGUUCCUAUUUUCGUCUCCAACGAAUCAUCAUCUGGUAUUUUUCCUUCUCGAAAUAUUCAACAACAUCAUCCAGUAUCAGUUCGAUGGUAAUUCCAACCUUGUUUACACUAUUAUCCGGAAAAGACAAGUUUUUCAUAGCCUAGCGAAUUUACCAUGUGAUUACAGUACGAUCUCUAAAUCGCUAAGUAAACGGUCGAGACGACAUGUGCCCAUGCCUUCAUCAUAUGACUCCAACACUGAGAGUCCAAGUAUGGAAGGCUCAAGACCUGCGCUUCCAGCAGAACCAGGAACUUUAAAAGCCACUCUCCCAGAUACUCCAGGCAUCGAAAAAAUGACAGAAAGAGAGUCAGCUCAUCCUGGAAACCACAACAUCCCCGUUGAAUUAUUGGCAGAAAUCUCCAUCAACGGCCAUGAUUCUGAAAAAAAUUCCGGUACUGUGACGAAUGCGAAUACCAGUGUUGAAUCCUCACCUAGUCAAGAAAAACCUACCUCUGUAUCAGAAUCGUUUUCAUCGCCGCCAAUAACUUGUAAAACAGUUCCUACAAGUUCCAUCUCAUCCCCUGUAGUCCAUAAAUCAGCCUCAGUACAUUCCUUGAACAAUAAAACUGAGUGGAUUGCCACGUCAGACUGGGUGAAAUCAUGGAAGGACAAGUUACCACUACAAACAAUCAUGAGGCUUUUGCAAGUGCUUGUCCCACAAGUCGAAAAAAUUUGCAUUGACAAGGGGUUGACUGACGAAAGUGAAAUUUUGAAAUUUUUGCAACAUGGAACUUUAGUCGGACUGCUACCAGUACCGCAUCCCAUUCUAAUUCGGAAGUACCAAGCGAAUCCAGGAACAACUACCUGGUUUAGGACGUACAUGUGGGGUGUUAUUUACCUCAGGAAUGUAAAUCCUCCCAUCUGGUACGAAACGGACGUGAAACUUUUUGAAAUUCAAAGAAUCUAAGUUGCCAUAUGAACGAAGUAAGAUUUCUACCUUCAUUCCUUCUCUUAUAACCAUUUCCAACGAUAGCCCUUAAAAGACAUAUUUCAUAACAGAAAGACUUCAGUAGUUUUUUAAGGUUGAAUUAACCUUAACCAAAGCGUACUUAUUUAUUUGUACAUAUCUUAAUUUAUCUUGAAUAAAUUUGUGUAACACUUCAA